UCUCGCCGAAACAUAUCAAUCACAUUAAAAAAUUAUCGUAAAUCGACUGUGCCGUGGAACAGAGCAUUUUUUUUGUGUGUGUGAUAUAUAAUUUCCAGAGAAGUAAAUUUAAGCAGACGCCACUGAAAUUUCCCGUACAGUUCAAGCAUAGGCGUCGGCAACAGGUCACCACCCGCAUUCGAUCGCACAGCGUGACAGCAACAGCUGACGAAACAACAACAACAGCAACAACAGUUAUAGCAGCAAGUGAAAUAGAGAGUGAAAUAGAAUAACAAAAACAAAAAAGGAAGUUUCCAGACACAAGAAGAGCAAAGAAUUGAAUCAUGUCCGUUGACGAGAACACGCCCAUAUUGCGCAGCUGCAUCAAGCUGCCCUUGGCAACCGACGAACUGCUCGAGGUGACGGCCAAGGCCAAGGAUUAUGCCAUAAUGCAUGGCGCCGCAAUGCGCUCCAAGACGAGCUUUAGUCCGGAUUCCCUCAAUUUUGCACCCUUUGUGCUGGUGCCUUCGGCAUUUCCGCGCAAGGAAUUUGAAAAGGCGAUUGCAUUGCAACCGAUCAUUAAUCGAUUAAUGCAUAAUGUGGCCCAUGAUGAGGAGUUUAUUACCACAACGCUGGCGGAGACAAUAAAAGUGGAUGAAUUUACGGCCAAUUUGUUUAAGAUUUAUCGCAAAGUGUUGGCGCAUGGAUUUACACAGCGCAUUUCAUUGGGCAUGCUGCGCAGUGAUCUGAUGUUGGAAUCUGGUUGUCCGGAGCUGUCGCCAUUGUUGCAUCAUUUGGCGGAUACGACUAAGUCGGCUACAACGGCUCCUGUUCCUGUUCCUGUUGCUGUUCCUGUUCCUGCCUGUGCUCCUGUUCCUGCUGCUGGCGGAGGAGGCGAUGACGAUGAUGUGGACGAGCAGGCGGCAUUGGGAAAGGUGGAGGAGGCGGCAACGGCGUUUAAAGUGGGCGUGGUGCGCACCAUUAGCAAAUCAUCGGCCUAUUGCUGCUGGAAACAAGUCGAGAUCAAUACGAUAGCAUCGGGUUUUGGCCAUUUGGGACCAGCAAGUAAAACCAUACAAAGCUUUGUGCUGAGAGAAUUGGGACAUGCCGAGAAACUGAAGCAUAUGCCCAAGAAUGAUGCUCUCGCGGGAUUGUGUGAUGGCAUGGUCAAGGCCUGGGAUAUUUAUGGCAAACCGGAGUCGGUGAUUCUGUUUAUCAUUGAGGAUAUAUCGUAUAAUAUUUGCGAUCAGCGAUUCCAUGAGUUCUACAUUCGGGAGACCUAUCCGCAUAUCAAGGUCCUGCGUCGCACUCUCACCGAGGUGCAUCGCGAGGGAAAGCUGGGUCAGCGCAAGGAACUGCUGCUGGGCACAACUGAGGUGGCUGUCAUCUAUUUCCGGGCGGGCUAUGAGCCUGGUCAUUAUCCCACCCAGGGUGAGUGGGAUGCGCGUUAUUUGAUGGAAACCUCAUUGGCCAUCAAAUGCCCCUCGAUCCAGUAUCAUUUGGCGGGCACUAAGAAAGUGCAACAGGCAUUGGCACAGCCGGCGGUGCUGGAGCGUUUCAUCAACGAUCCCGAGGAGAUUAAGGCGGUGGGCAAAAUCUUUACCGGCUUGUACUCGCUGGACGACAACGAGGUGGGCAAUGCCAACUAUGAAAUGGCAUUACGUACACCCGAAAGGUUUGUCCUCAAGCCGCAACGCGAGGGAGGCGGCAACAACGUCUACGGCAUGGAUAUACCCGAUGCGCUAAAGCGCAUGACGCGAGUGGAGCGUUCCGCUUGGAUCCUCAUGGAUUUGAUACAUCCGCCCUUGACGCAGGGUUAUAUGGUGCGCCCUGGCAGCGAUAUGCCACCUCAGAUAAUGGACAUGGUGUCGGAGCUGGGUAUCUUUGGUGUGGUCAUCGGCGAUGCGGAUAACAUUGUGCACAAUUAUCAAGCGGGUCACAUGCUGCGCACAAAGCUCUCCACUGCCAACGAGGGCGGAGUUGCUGCCGGUUUGGGAGCCCUGGACAGUCCCUACUUGAUUGACAGCGAAGAUGAGGAUGCCUCCAAUUAAAUGUAUAUUAUAUAAAUCUUAUAAAAUGAAGCAUUCCCUUGCCUUCUCGACUACUUAACGAUUGUAUUAAAUAUAAAAGCAAUUAUUUUUGUAAUACAUGUAGAAUUGUAAUUGAUGCAAUAAAUUUUAAUGUAAAUACUUCAA